AUGGCUGCAGAAGCCAAGUACAGCAUCGUUCGAGAAGUGGGCCGAGGGAGCUACGGGGUGGUUUACGAGGCAGUUGUUAAUCAAACUAGAAAGAAAGUGGCAGUAAAAAGAAUGCACUGCAAUGUGCCUGAAAACGUAGAAUUGGCUUUGCAAGAGUUCUGGGCCCUGCAAAGCAUCCAGAGGCAACAUGAAAAUGUGAUCCAGUUGGAGGAGUGUAUUCUGCAGAAUGGCCAAGUCUUCCAGCCAAUUAGUCAUCGUUACAGGAAAUCAGACAGUCAUUUGCUGCUAAUUGAGACCUGUCUGAAAGGACGGAGGUGCAUGGAUCCGAAAGCCGCCUGCUUUCUGUGGUUUGUGAUGGAGUUUUGUGACGGUGGAAACAUGAACGAAUACCUGCUGUCUCGCAGCCCAGAUGCGCAGCUGAAUAACAGCUUCAUGCGGCAGCUGAGCAGCGCCGUGGCUUUCCUGCAUAGAAACCAGAUCGUGCACAGAGACCUGAAGUCGGACAAUAUUUUGAUCUCUCACAGCUGUGGAAGUCCAGUAGUAAAGGUAGCAGAUUUUGGCCUCAGCAAGGUGUGUCAGGGGAAAGGGAAUGUGAACCAGCAUCGCUUCUCCUCUGCAUGCGGGUCAAACUUCUACAUGGCUCCGGAAGUGUGGGAAGGUCACUAUACUGCUAAGGCUGAUAUAUUUGCCCUUGGGAUCAUUUUCUGGGCUAUGGUUGAGAGGAUCACCUUCCGAGACGGGGAUACCGAGAAGGAAUUGCUUGGAACUUACAUCUGCCAAGGAAAGGAGCUUAUUCCCCUUGGAGAAGCAUUGCUGGAGAAUCCAAACAUGAAAUUACAAAUUCCUCUGAAGAACAAGAAGUCCAUGCCAGAUGAUCUCUGCAAGCUCCUACGCGAUAUGUUAGCUUUUAACCCGAAGGAAAGACUGGAUGCCUUCCAGCUAGAAGUCCGAAUCAGGCAAAUCUCCUAUGGCAAAAAGCGUCAACGCUCUGUCUCAUAGAAACAAAGGACAGUCAGGUAUUGUGUUCUGCUGUGGUCUGGAUACCUUGGAGAUGGCAAACAACUUCGAAUUCCUUUGGAAUGAGUAGACUGAUCAGAAGAGACGGAAUUAGGAGUCUUGCCUGCUUCCAGUUUCCCAAAUGGUUGUAUUU